AUGAUAGCUCAGGUUGGAGAAGUUGUGACCCAAAGUGGGUUGGCUGACUGUGACCGCAACAUAUUAUUUAUUGAAAACAAGAAGGAAUGCAACAAUGCCGAGGCAGACCUGCAGAAAUUAUAUCCGGAUUUACCCAUUACCAAGUACUACUCGAACCUAACUGACGGGGAAGGAGCUGCCAAUGUGAAGCGGUGGAGGACGACACCCAAGUGCUUGAUGAUUGCAACUAGUGGUUUUGGAGCUGGUAUCAACUACAAGCAUGCAGCGGACGUGUGGUUGUUUGAAACUGGCAAGCCUGAGGAGGGGAGCUUUGCUGAGAAGGUGAUGGACUCUAACCGAUGCAUACCUGGCACUUUCUCUGAACUGUUGGAUGGAGAGCUACGUGACUGCAGGACUGUAGGCUGUACUCGAGUGUGUAUGCACUGUGAAGGCCAGGUUGUCUAUGAGUCAAAAAAGCGUAAGGCGGCUGACGACGUAGAGGACUCACUACCUGGUGAACGGCCAAUGUAUCUGUCGAAUGUGAAGAGGGCACGGGGCCAAGUCAACAUUGUUGAUCAGAUUGGUCUUGCCAUUACAAAUGUACGUCAACAGCUGACUGGACUUUGUGGCUACUGUUUAGCAAAGGACAAGGUGGAGCACCGUCAUGUAGAUGACAAGUGUGAUAAGAUUGUAGGUUGCUUACGAUGCACUGGAGUUGGACAUUGGACCUCGAGAUGUCAAGCCCCCCAGCUAUCCAAGGUCCUUGAAAGGAAUGGCAAUGCUGCCUUCCGACUGUGUCACUUCUGUGGUCUUGGAGAUGGCCAUGGUGAUGACAGGUUCCACCAUGAACCUAUUGUUGGUACACUGAAGAAGUGUGAUAGUGGACUACAAAAUAUUGUCAAGACGCGUGAGAUACGUGUUGGAGUUGACAAAGCCAGUGUGCAUGCUUUCCAGCAAUGGCUGGGAUGCCCGUGGGCCAAUAUGGUUACCUUGUUUAUUGUAUUACGUGAUGCACAUUUAUGCAAACUAGCGUCAGAAUUUGUCGGAUGA